AAGCCGCAUCAGUGUGAUAUCUGUGGUAAAUCAUUUUCUCGAAGUGCUGACUUACCUAAACACAAACGUACUCAUACAGGAGAGAAACCAUAUCAGUGUGAUAUCUGUGGUAAAUCAUUUUCUCAAAGAUCUGAUUUACCUAGACACAAACUUACUCAUACAGGAGAGAAACCAUAUCAGUGUGAUAUAUGUGGUAAAUCAUUUUCUCGAAGUGCUGAAUUACCUAAACACAAACGUACUCAUACAGGAGAGAAACCAUAUCAGUGUGAUACAUUAUUCAUUAAAGGAGCACAAACGUAUUCAUACAGGUGA